UCGCAAUUCUAAAGACAACGGCGCUUCCCAGGAUUGUCGACGUAAGUCGUCCCUAACAAAAUCCCUCCAAGCCUUCGCAAGGAAUACAUUUCAUCGCAGGCAACGUCACACAAACGCCGGGGAUUCAAGUUACGGUACGACCCCUGCAACGUCGUUCACGAGCAGCCCAUGUCCACCCAGCCCAGGAGUUUCACAGUUGCGAUCUGAAGGGGCCAUGGCACCCGUAACACACACCAUGGGGAGGGCAUCAUUGAUACCAUGGGCAAAUUCAAGGGAUCAAACCCAAACAUUGAUGGGAGUAACCAGUUCCGUUAAGGAUAGCCCGGGUCUAAACGGAAAGCCAGGGAGCAUGGACCUCCAGCAACCUGGACCAGAGGAACCAAGCAUCUCGCAUAAGAACCCAUCUGAACUACGCCCAGAGCAGCAACAUCAACAGCAGAAGCAAAUAGGGGGAAUGCGGCAGAAACCGACAAAUGCAGCAAACGCACAAAUAGCACAAAUAGCCAAUAAUCCGCCAGCUGGAUCCUUCGGAUCACAGCAUUGUUUUUCUCCCAAGCAACAGCCAUUAUUGGGCCCAAAAGGGCGCUCAUUGCCAAAAAGUCUGACAGCUAUAAACCUGGCAUCAUAUUCUAAACUUCCUGGCUACUCUGCACCCACCGAAAGCUUCAUUAAUCGAUACCAGAGAAAUGCUCGUAGCAAGUACAGUAUCUUUAAUGAUUGUGAAGAUACAGCAUCUUUAAGGAGCUUUAGAGGUCGAAAUAACCCCCCAGAUGCUGCGAUAAAGGAUGCUUGUGUCUCGGAUUUACAGCAGCCAACGAACUUGAGAGAGCAACGCCCAAUGGAGGAACUCAUCUCCCCGUGUCCCUCGCCUAAUAAUGGCGAUGACAUCCAAACCGUCACCACCGCCCAACCACGCCAGUAUUGGUUAGGUCGCUUCUCCACCUUGGUCAAUGCCUUCCACCACGAAGACUCAUUCAAAGAGGAAUCAGACGCGGCCACAGGAUAUGACAGUUCAGCUGCACUAGCAUACUACUAUAUCACUUCAUCCUCCACCGCAACCCUGAACGACCAACGGGCCAAGCGCGCUUUCGAUUUUUUGGAAAACGCCUGCUCAACUGCUGAGGCACGAGUAAGCUUCCUGGAAUUUCGAGACGCCUAUUCAAGAUGUUUUGGUAAUCGGUGGUCCAAGUGGUUCGUGCGUGAUGCUGGUGUUGGUGCUGAUGCUCGUGCUGCUGGAGGGAGGUGGCUGAUAGGAAGCGGAAAUGGAGUGAGGGUGGGACUCUGACAGGCGGUGGUAUUGCCGGCGCCGGAGGGAUUGGAUUGAUGAAUAUGUUUAGGACGGUUCGGAAGAGUUUGGCUUGAGUGGUGCGAUUUGUUUCUUGUUUCUUUUUCUUGGUUUCCAAAUUUCUGUUGAUUUUUGCUUUUGCAAACUAAUACCCCUCAUUGGACGAUUCACGAAAUGCUUUGUGAUGUUCAGGAUUUUUAUUUCGCAUAUUUGGUUCGGACCCGAAACGCAAUGAGAGCUAGGGGACAUGGGUUAAUAAAGAUUGGAGUGGAUCUCGUGCUAUUGGGCUUUGCUUUUGCUUUUAUUCCUUUUAGCAUUGCAACGAAAAUCGUUAGUAAAGUCGGGGCUUCAUACACGCGAAUUAGGAUGGAACGGAGGA